AACAAACAAAUAAUUUAUUUAUUUAUCAGAUAUUAUUUACAUCAAAAAAGUUUUAACACAAACAUUUAUUCAUAUAUAGGUAUGCAAAAUAACUCUCAACUCUCAUAGCAAAGGCAGGGCUCUGAAAGGGAGUAACCAUAGAAUAACCUUCCUAGCAAUUUCCCUAGGUUUAGUGUCCAAAUACCUUCCCCAAGCAAGCAAAACUCAAGUUCAACUAAAAUACAAAAAAAGAACGAAAACUUUACAGGUUUUCUUAAUAAAAAAAUGGAUAGCACAACUACUAAAUAGGAUGAAGAUUCUAUCAGCAUGAUAUCGGGAAUUCCUUAAUGGGAAGAAAGUUAGUUGAAUGAGACUAUUAACAAAGAACUUCACAAAGAAAGAAGUUUAGUUUUGCAGUAUGUGAAUUAAAGUUUAAAUGACCACACUAAUUACAUAAAGGAAUUAGGGAAGGAAAUCAAAGAUUAGCAAUAUAGAAAUAAGGAAUUAAAUGAUAAGUAAUCUUUGAUGAUGAGAAACCAAAUAUCGGAGAUUGAAUAGAAUUUCCGCUUAGAAUUAGAGCAGAUGAACCAAAAAUUCACUAAAAUGAUUCACGAGUAAAAACACACUAUUGAAAAUUAGCUCUAUGAAAAAGAGAAUAGAAUUUAUGAUUAUUGCAACGAAUUAGAAUAAAGAUUGGAGGUGAAAAUAACCAGUUUAAAUUAAAGGCUUUAAUUAUAGCUAGAUAUGAAAGAUAACAAGUUAAAUGAAGGCCAAGCUCUCAAAAAAUUAGACUCUGACAUUUAAAACAUCAACAAUAAAAUUUAGCAAAUUCAAAAGCUAUAAAACCUAGAUGAUUUGACAGGAUUCAACUCUUAGUUAGCCACUUUCUCUUAAGAAAUUUAACAAAUAAAAUAACAGCUUAGAAAAAACAAAGAAGAUUUAGACUCUAAAAUCAUAGAAAUGAAUUAGAAUACAGUUCAGUUCCUCAAAAAUAGCUUAAAUUAGAAUUCUAACAACUUAAUCAGCAACUAAAAUUAUAAGGAUAAAAUAUUUGAAGGACAAAUUGAAGAGAUAUAAAGAUACAUAAGUGGGUUUUCUAAAGCUGUCUAAAAUAGGCUGAAUAUUACAAAUUAAGACUUAAAUUUGUUUUUAGAUAGUGAUGGAAACGGUAGUUCUUAAAAAUAAACUGGCUAGAAAAACCCAUUUAGUUUUGGAGGAGGAAUCAACAUGUAAAAUGCCGAGAGAGUUAGCACUUUGGGAACUAUGUAAAGUGCUGAGUUUGAAGUGAAAGAUAACAAUAAAAUAAUCCUUAAAAAAGAUCAGAACAGUUUUCCUUCAACUCCUAAUCCUAAUUAGCAAAAAAACCCUUCUUAUAAAUAAUAAUAAUAAGUUAAUUACUAAAAUUUGAACAACACAGGAAGAAUGUCUUACUCUCCUUCCAGACAUACUAACUUAAGCAGUAAUGAUUACUACAAUAUAUUUUAAGAAUCGGCUCCAAGCUUACCUUACACUCCAUCAACUCAUAACGAUAGCAGCUAUUAAUCUCAGCAGUAGUAACAGUAACAAGUUUAAAAGAAAAAGAAGAAAAUAUUUGGUGAAGAUCCUCAUCCUUUACCUCCUAUUGCCCAUAAUAAUUAUUUAUAACAGCCACCAGUUAGACAAACUAGAAACAUUGACCCUUCUCCAACCAGAAAUUAAGUUUCUUCUAAACCAGAACAAAAAGCUAUCUUUGACAGUCAAGCACCUUAAUCUGAGUAGAUGUUGACAUAAAAAACAGAAUCAGAUUAAGUUGAAUUUGCAACGAUGCCAAACAAAGAGAGUUUCUAAAGCUAGCAAGGAUAUUAUUCUAUACCUCAACCUAUCUUAGAUUCUAAAUUAUCAGUAAAAGUUAAUGAAAAUGUGGAAGUAUACAACGAUAAUAAUUAAAUGAGUGAUAGUGAUUCAGAAGAAGAAUAAUCUAAUAUAUCUAAUUUCCGUUUAAAAGAUACAAUGGAUUUCAUGUAAAGAGAAGUAAUCUCCUAAGGACAAACAAUUUAAAGCAAUUAAAUUUCACCAUUUUAAUAAUAAUAAUAAUAACAAAUAUAGUAAUAAUUGUAUCAAAACUAAUAUUCGUAGUAGUAAUAAUAAUAAAAUAUAUUGUAACAAGAUAAAUUACAGACAUUUCAGCUUUAAUAGUAAAAUUUAAAUUCAAAAACUUCUCCUGAUAGCAUGAAUAAAAAUUAGAUAAAUCAACAAUAACAAUACAAUACAAAUGUAUCCAAUCAAGUAGUAAAUAAUACUAACCACAAAAGAUUAAAUACAAUAUAGGAAUCUGAUUAAGAAUACUCAAGCAAAAAAGAGGAAUCAAAAGUGAUAAUGAGAGAAGAGUUUACUUAGCCAGUUACUAACAACUAUAUGAUAAAUGCAACUGAACCCUAACAGAUAAGCCUCAACAAAUAACCUAAGCAAAAUAGCUAUGAAGAUUAUGAGAGUUUUAAAAUAAAUAUGCCUAAAUAAGAGUUAAGAUAUGAUAAUGACACUCCUUCUAAAAAUAAAACUACACCUAAACAUAAAAUAACAAAUGAAGGAUUCAAUUUUAUGGUUCAAAGUAAGGGUAAAUCAAGUUUUACCUAAUAAAUCUAAGGUCCUUCUAAUUUGUAAGGUCUCAUUGAAAACGACAACGAUUAAAACUUUAAACCAAAGUGGGGAUUUGACUCUUAAGUAUCAAGGAGUGAGGGAGGAGAAGAAAUAGAAUAUUAGUUAGAUGAUGAUGGAUAUUUAUUAGAUGAAAAUGGAAAGUUUGUAUUAGAUGACAAUGGAUAAAAGAUCUAAUUAACUUAAGAUAACAUUAACUUUUUGGCCUAAAAUAAAAUGAUAUAUGAUGUAUGA